GCCCUCAGGGCUGCGAACGCCUUGGCCUGGCUUGGGUUCCCCAGGACCCUUGGAGGCCAGCCCUGACCCUUCCAUCACAGACCAUGGCCAGUCAGUCCUGCCGCCCACUCCCCCCACGCCUGUCGCCCCUGAAACCUCUGAAGCCACACUUUGGAGACAUCCAGGUGGGAAUUUGCUUGGUGAUCUAGCCCAGCGACAAGAGGAUCCACCUGGCUGUGGUCAGAGAGAUCAAUAGAGAGAACUCUUCGGUCACAGUACAGUGGGUUGAGAAAGGAGUCAAAAAAGGUAAGAUCAACCUGGAGAACAUCUUGCUGCUCAAUCCAGCUCUGGCCUCUGCUCAACACCCCAAGCUGCCCAAGCCAUUGCCUGCUUUGUGUCUAGCACCUUCUUCAGCCAUCGGGGACCAGUGCGCAACCCCACAGUGGAUUGCUAUGGCCCCCCAGAAAAGCGAAACACCCUCAGGGGACAGCCCAGCUGUGGGAGUCCCCAGCCAUCCUUGUUUGAUGAGGCAGAGAAAAUCUCACUGCCUGCGGGAAAUUGAGAAACUGCAGAAGCAGCGAGAGAAGCGCAGGCAGCUGCAGCUGCAGAUACGAGCGAGCCCUGCGCUCCACUUGAACAUGGGACACCCCAACUUCGAGGUCAUGUGCAUGAUUGAAGAGUGUCGCAGGGCCCUGGACAUCAGCAAGAUCGCGCCGGUGCCCAGCUUGGAGCCCCCUGAACACUACCGGAUCUGCGUUUGCGUGAGGAAGAGGCCUCUCAAUGAGCGGGAGACCACCAUGAAGGACCUGGACAUCAUCACUACCCUCUCGGACAGCGUGGUCAUGGUGCACGAGUCCAAGCGCAAGCUAGACCUCACUCGCUACCUGCAGAACCAGACCUUCUGUUUCGAUCGUGCCUUUGACGACACCGCCUCCAACGAGUUAGUGUACGAGUUCACAGCCCAGCCGCUGGUGGAGUCCAUCUUCCGCAAGGGCAUGGCCUCCUGCUUUGCCUACAGGCAGACUGGCAGCGGAAAGACAUACACCAUGGGUGGAGCCUUUUCCGGAAGGGUCCAAGAUUGUUCUAAAGGCAUCUAUGCCCUGGUGGCUCAGGAUAUCUUUCUUCUGCUCAAAAACCCCACUUAUGGGCAACUGGAUCUCAAAGUCUAUAGGAACUUCUUUGAGCUUUAUGGUGGCAAAGUGUAUGAUCUGUUGAACUAGAAGAAGAAACUGCAAAUCCUUGAGGAUGGCAAUCAGCAAAUCCAAGUGGCUGGGCUGUGGGAGCAAGAGGUGCAUUAUAUGGAGGAAAUGAUGAACCUUGUGGAACUAGGCAAUAGCAGCCGGACCUCUGGACAGACGUGGGUCAACACCCACUCAUUCCGGAGCCACACAGUGUUCCAGAUCAUCCUAAAGUCCAGAGGGAAAUUGCAUGGCAAAUUUUCCCUCAUAGAUUUGGCUGGGAAUGAAAGAGGAGCAGAUACAGUCAAGGCCAACCAGAAGAGGCAGCUAGAAGGGGCAGAGAUUAAUAUGAGUCUCCUUGCCCUCAAAGAAUGUAUCAGGGCGUUGGGUCAGAAUAAACCUCACACCCCAUUUAGAGGCAACAAACUCAAACAAGUGCUCCGGGAUUCCUUCAUAGGCCAGAACUCUUCCACGUGCAUGAUCGCUACUGUCUCACCAGGGAUGACCUCUUGUGAAAACACCCUCAACACUUUAAAAUAUGCAAACAGAGUAAAAGAAUUAGCUCCAGAAGUCAGGCACUACCCUUGUUGCCUCUCACGGAUUGGACAGGAGGCACCACAGAUUUUAGAAAAGCACAUGAAGAAUUCACAACUGCCCCUUCAGGGGAAUGAACUUAGGAAAAUACCUUGUAUUCAGAGUGAUGAGGAAAAACCGAGUGAAGAAAUUGCAACAUUGUGCACCCCACUAAUGAAGAAUAGGACUUCUUGGAAGGAAUCUAGCCAGUGGUGGGAGAAUAUCCAGGAGACGGCUGAUGGAAUUAACUGUGAUGUAGAACAUUGCAUUGCCCACUCAUUGUCUGUUUUGGAGCAGAAUAUUGAUGUUCUGAAUGAGAUCCAAAAGCAACUGAAAUUAUUACGAGCUGAUCUCCAAAAGACCAAAGUAGAAUGAAGCCACCAGUAAGAGAUCAGGACUGAAAGGAUUGAAGAUGCUGCAGGUUCUACCCCUCUUUUACAAGAAACU